GGGACUCGCUUGCCGCUGCGGAGGACGGAGGCGCGCUGAGCGGACGGGAGCGCCAGGCCAGCAGGCGGAGAGAGCGGCAGCGUGGCCCCGGAGCAGGGAGCAGCCACCGGAGCCGGGAGCAGCCACCCGAGCCGUGGCGGGAGGAGUGUGGGUUUCUCUGCGUAACUGUGCCGUGUGGCUCGAGUGCUGCGGUUGCACAGAUUCUCAGCCCAGCCUCUGAGAUGAUGGGACUGGGAAACGGGCGUCGGACCAUGAAGUCACCGCCCUUCGUGCUGGCUGCCCUGGUGGCCAGUAACAUUGUCUUGGGCUUCAACUACUGGAUCGCGAGCUCCCGGAACGUGGACCUCCAGACGCAGAUCAUGGAGCUGGAAGGCAGGGUCCGCAGGGCGGCCGCCGAGAGAGGCGCCGUGGAGCUGAAGAAGAACGAGUUCCAGGGCGAGCUGGAGAAGCAGCGGGAGCAGCUGGACAAAAUCCAGUCCAGCCACAACUUUCAGAUGGAGAGCGUCAACAAGUUGCACCAGGAUGAAAAGGCGAUUUUGGUGAAUAAUAUCACCGCAGGCGAGAGGCUCAUCAGAACCCUGCAAGACCAGCUGAAGGCCCUGCAGAAGAAUUUCGGCAAGCUGCAGCAGGACGUCCUCCAGUUUCAGAAGAACCAGACCCACCUGGAGAGGAAGUUCUCCUAUGACCUGAGCCAGUGCAUCAACCAGAUGAAGGAGCUGAAGGAGCAGUGUGAGGAGCAGAUAGAGGAAGUCACCAAAAGGGGGAACGAAGCUGUGGCUUCCAGAGACCUGAAUGGAAGAGGGGGACACAGCCCGCAGCUCCACGCAGCCAAUGAGACUCAGCCGCGGUUGCAGGAAGCAGGCCUGUCCCAGGCAGAGGGGCCACAAGCGAAAGGAAACAUGCCCAGUAACAGCAAGCCCCAGACACCAGCCCCCAGUUCAAAGGCAGCUUUGGACGUGAAGGAAAAGGGUGAGAAAGAGGAGACCAAUGACAUUCAGGUCGGCAGUGAGGAGGAGCUGCGGAGGGACAGCCUGGGGUUGCCCCCGCGGCCGAACCAAGAGCAGGCUGUGGAGGAAGACAGACGUGCAGGAGGAAGAGCAGGGGAAGACGCUGGAGACCUCGGCCCAACCCCACAGGGGCCAGGCGCCCUGCUGUUGAGCCAGGAGAACCAGGAGGUGGAGGAGCCUGAGCGGGACCAGCUUGUCGUCCUGGAUGGGCAAGAGGAGGAGCAGGGGGCCGGCGAAGAAGGGAGAAACCAGCCCAAAAUGGGAAGAGUCGAUGACUACAACAUGGAUGAAAAUGAGGCCGAAUCGGAGACAGACAAGCAGGCAGCCCUUGCAGGGAACGACAGAAACGUAAAUGUUCUUAAUGCUGAAAAUCAGAAGAGAGACAAUAAAUUUACUUGAUCAGCAUGAAGAGGAAUCACAUACUCUUAAUCAAACUGGAAUCACAUACUUCGUGUCAAGAUCGAACAGCGAUAACCAGAGUCUUCACGAGGAAGUGAAUACUGUGAAAUGUACUAAGUAAAAUAUACAUCUGAAGAUGA